UGUGGGGCGAGAAUGAGUACAGGAAAAGAGUGAUAUUGCUGAGCAGCAAGGUGAUAAAGGGUAGAGUGAAACUGGAGCAUCACCCCUCCCUCCUGCUUUUGCCAUCUGAUGUGGAGACGUUGUUGCUAUGGGCAACCAUCCGAGCGAGAGAAAGGGAGAAAGAGAGAAAUCUAGAGACCAGCUGGUAAGAGGAAUGGCAGCAGAGAGGCUGGGAGGACACAGAGUGAGCCAAACAGCAUCAGUAAGAGAAGAGAGUCCUGGUCCCUUCUGCACGUCUUGGCCCACUCUGCCUCGCUUGACUGAGCAGAGCUGAUUGAAGCAGAGCUCCAGAUGAUGACGACGACGAUGAAGCAAAACAGUCAAGCAGAGGACACGACAGCCUGCCAGCAUCAGCAGCAAAGAGGCAGGCUGCCCAAUCACCAGCUGACAUGCUCAUGAGUUCAGCAGCCAAUGAGCUGCUAGGAGGCUCCUCCCAAGCACAACCACUCAGAUGCCAGAGACAGCACCAGUCUGGCUCAGAUCUCUUAUUAAUGAAUGGAGCAGUUCUCAGGCUGCACCACUGCACAUCUCUGCACUCUCUGCUUGGCUGCUCCCUGCUCUGACACAUGAAGACUGGGGGGAAACGUCAGCAUUAACAACAACAACAGCAGCAGUACAGGAAGAGUUAAAUAGAGGCCAUGAAGAGACGACAAAGAAACAGAGACAACCAAGAUGGGGACACAAGCGAGGACAUGGCAGCAGCUAUUAAAAACAAGGACCCACAUCCUGAUAUCCACCCACCGGAUUCACCUUCUCCAUCAUCAUCUUCUCCCCCUCUUCCUCCAUUAGCCAUGCCACCUUCUACAUCUGCCUCUGCUCUCCUGGCACUGGCCUCUCCAAGAACCAGGCGCUCCAUUUCCAUGGGAGACUUCCGGAGGGUGACAGGGGCUCUGUUAACGGGUUCUGAACCGCCCUCCACCUCUGCCACGGCUCCCUCCUCCAAGCUCGUCACCCCCAGCUCCAGCAUGGAGUUUGAGGCAGCUCGACGGCGCCUCCUGGAGGUGGAGGAGCGUCAACGUGUCAUCAGAGAGAUGGAGCGCCGGCUUGAGGAGCUCAGGGAGGUGUUUGUGCGCUCAGAGCAGGAGGUGGUGGUCCACGGGGAGCUGGUUUCGCGAAUAUCAAGUGCAGCCCAGCAGGGGGAGCUGUACGUGGCAGAGAACAGCCAACGGCUCAAGAAAGGCCUGAGGUUCAAAAAACAUCGGUCCACCAUAGUCUUCUCCUCAAUGCUGGGACUCCGCACGUGCCUCCCCUGGCCUGUGAAGCUCAAGUAGGACAAUAGAGGCUUCCAUUUCCAUGAUUGCUUUGGAAAUUAGCUCUACAUAAACGGGAGGACAGACUUCCAUUCUUUAGCUAUCGCUCAUUGACACAGCUUCUCUCCAGUUUCCUCUUCGCUGCUCUUAUAUCCUGAGGCUGGUCCUCCAGGUCUUUAGAGUGCCUACAAUAAUCACAAAUGCUAGAGUUUCCCGUUCAGUGCAUUUCCAAGGGAAUUCUCUGGUCAGCAAACCAAUCAAGUCAGUACCAGUGCAAUGUGUACAGGAUGUCAUUAUGUCUUCAUUGUUUUCAACGAUAUUUUGCUGCUUGCCAUUUUGUGGUGUUGGACUUGCAUAGGAGAGAAUUGUUCAUCGAGAGAAUCCAUGGUGCAUGGAUGAGUCAUUUUUCAGGUGAUGUGGGAGGAGAGGUUGUGAGGAAACAAGAGCCUUGUUGUACAUUUUUAAACUGCAAUGCAGCAAUGAGCGAAAAAGCCAAUGUAAUGUAAACCUUUACAGAGGAGGAAGAGGAAGCGAGAGUGUAAGAGGGAAAGAAAAAUGGAUGAAGAGGCAGAAGAAAGCACUGAACAAUAUGCCUCUCCAACAUGUCACGAGAGAAGUGGAGGGCAGUGAAAGAGAAUCAGAGGCAAAGCUAUGGUAGGGAUUGCUGCACUGUUACAUAAAACCAGGGAUGCAGUGAAGAGACAUGACACGGAAAAGAGAAAAUACUCAACACGGUGUGGAAUUUUGAUAGCUGAGACGUACAAAAGAAAACGUGCCUUGGCUUCUCUGUGAUCACUCGUUCACCACCACAACCUCUGUUUCUGGCAGCAUCAUUUAGGGAGAGAGCAGGAGAGGAGUUCAUGCUGGGACGAAUCCACCUGUGGCCUAUCCGGUCACCUAGCAACCACUCAUCUCUCGAUCCUAAAUCUGCUUCACAAACCUACAGAAUGUAUCCAGCAGAGCACUGUAACUACAACACUAUUAGACAGUUGUAGUCCCCUGAAUGAUUUAGGAACUAAUAUUUCUGCUGCAUUUAUUUAAAAUAAAUGAGAACUGGCUAUUUAGUCAAAAAUAUUAUUGAUGUGAGCUGUUGUUGAAGAUGCUCAUUUAUUUGAUGAUUAGUGGUUGCACUUAAAUUAUGCCAUGCAUGUAUUAGCAAGUAGCUAAGGUAGGCCAUCAGUGUUCGCUGAUUGUGUUGGGUGUUAUGCGGUAAUGGCACGCUAUUUAGAGCCCUUAGAAUGACACAAGUAUAGUGUAUAGUGUGCACAAUAACAGCUUCACUGGUAACACAAUCAGCUCUUUUUGUAGCAUAUGGGGGAAGUUAGACAAUAUUUGUAUGUCAAAGCCAAACAGUUUGUUUGGUUAAUUUGAUAGACCAAUUACUUGCUAUGUUGUGAUCCUUCACAUGCACAGUAGUAUCUUUGUUCCAGAUGCAGUGGAUGGCCUGCUUUCUACAUAUAGAUUACACACAUCUUUGGCCUAAUUCUUCUCUUCCUUCCUCGCAUUUGUCUUCUCUUUGAAUUAGCAAUGACUAAGUAUCUCUUGCAUUCAUUUUUCACAUUAAUCCCUUGCUUCAUCUGUGUGUGCAUAGAAGGCACCGCCAAUACACCAGGGAUAUCUAUUUUUGGCAUUUGAAGGUUAUGGCAGAGAGGCAGGCAUUCAAUCUCAGUGCAGCAUCCGUUGGAGAAAAAAAAGCAUGUAAAGCGAUGUGAGUGCAUGUAAGUAUCCAUCUAAGUGUGCUACUUUACAAAAGAAUGAGAUGGGAAUUCUUCAAGUGCAGAAUCCCUGAUGGUGCUUUGUUUGCUCUCCUAUCAUAAAUAACCUCAACGACGAACAAAGCGAGGUUUUUUCCCCUGAGAGGCACAUGAUCUGGCUGUACAAUUGAUAAGGUUUCCUUUGUGCAGUUUUUGAUAUUACAUGUUUAAUUUGUCCCUAUUUGACUGGGACAUUUUCCCGCAUCAUUUGAGAUGCAUUCAAAAUCUCGUUGUCUCUGUCAAGGUAAGGGAGGCAGGAAAAGGCAUUACUGUAUUGAUCUGAGACCAGGCUGCCUAUGUCAGGGACCCUGCAGACAAAGUGAGAAGAAAAAUGUGAUGCACAUGAAAUUAGAUGUGAAGACUAAAUGCACGAAUUUAAUGAUGUAGGUGGAUGCAAAUCAAAUAGAAUCGACACAUGGUUAUUUUCUCAUUUCGAUUAUAAGGGCUUAAAUGAUCAGUUCGUCUAAGUUGGUCUGUUUACUCAGCAUGAAGAGGACCACUCCAGCCUGUAAAAAUUGUUGUGUAUUGCAGUACUAAAUGUUCGAGCAAAGAAAAUAUUUCUUGCCACGAUGACCUUAUCAGUGAAUGUUGACUAACUCUAUUUAAGCAUUCCACAUGAAUUACUGCUUGCCGUCUUAGUGACCUAUACCAAACAAUAUUCAGCUAAGCUAGUUGCUAGCAGGACGCUUGUGCUGAAUUUAAGGGGUCUAAUAGGCCUUAAACAUGUAUUCACGGUCCUAUGUAUAUAGCUAGAGCUAUAACUGAAUAUACAGCUGGCCUAUAUAUUGCUUUUCAUAUGCCUUAUGCAGUGUUUGUGCAUUGGCAGUGAUAGGAACAACCAUGGUGAUAAUACUGAUGAUGAAGGUGAUGGCAAACAGGCAAACUCAUGACCAUCUUAGACCUCAUCCAAAAACCUCUUUAUCAGGGCAGAAGGAAAAACAUCAACACAUGCACUGUUGAAAGAGGGCACCUUUUGGGGUUUUCCUAUGAAUGAAAAAGACUACAUUUCCCAAAGAUCUCUGGACCCACUUGCAGAAUGAAUGUAAUGUUAAUUGUUGCUGACAUGUCCCCCCCCCCCAACACUCAAUAUCAAAUCAUAUGUGUCUUGUUUGAACCCAUGGUUGGCAACAUUCUCGUAUCAGUUUUCAGUCAGUUGGAAUUACAGUUAAGAUCACAUAACUUUUGAUACAAGAUAUUUAAACAAACAAAUUAAUGUUUGGAGGACUGGAAACUACAAAAAACUACAAUUGCAGCUCUCACAGCCCUUUACUGGCCAAGCAAUGGUCCAAAAGCACUUUUCAGAUAUUUAUUAAUCCCUUGAAUAUUUUAAUAUUUUGUGUUUUUGUGUUCUGGUUGAAUAAGCACAGAACUUUCCUUUAAAUCAGGUGUUAUCUUUAUUCAUGUUAUGAUGAUCUUUUAGUUGAACGAGAGCUGUGUAUUCUACUGUAGCGUGAAUGUUAAAUACAUUUUUCUGGAAAAUGUUAUGUAUGUAUUGAAAUAUGCUUAAUAGUAACAGUAGGUUUGGAGUCAAUUUGCUUUCACUUCUAAUUGUUAAAUAAACCAGCUAUGUGCAUAAUGACAGAGCCUUAAUUCUAAUAAUUUCUGGCUUAUUUAUAGUUAUGAGACCAUGUUGACAGGAAAGAAAAUCAACUUUCCAAAUUUAAUUCAAAACCAGCUGGAGUGGAAGCUAGUUGUCCCCAAACCUUUCUGAUGUACUAGCCCUUGUUCUGAAAAAGGCUUUUGCUUUCUGAUGCGCAGUAAAAGAAUGAAUGUUCUGCUAUGUUUAAUGCUUAAAUUUGCUACCACUUUUCUUCACAUUAUUUUUUUGAGCACUGAGCUACAAUGUACAAGACUAGCAAAUAUUAAAAGAUAUUUCAUUUGAAGCAUCAUCAGGUUUUGUAAAAUAUGCUAAAUGAUUUCAAUAAAUUGACAAAAUGACGAGAUGUGUUGGGGUUUUUUCCUGUCUCAGAUUGGAGAGAAAAUCAUAAAAAUGACACAGUCUCUCUUUGGAAAUCAGCUGGAAACUGCUAGGAUGAAGUGUUUCAUGUGGGAUCUCUAAAUAUUACAUCCUUUGCAGUUGGAUGGGAGGUCUAGGAAGUAAAUGGGGUCACCUUGCAGCAGCCCAGCAGUGUAGUGCCAGAUCAGCAGAAAACUGUUUUUUGACAUAGGAUGCUGCAGGCCAGAAGGGAACACACUGUGAAAAAGCUACAUUAAUUAUAUACAGUCAUACAGUGUCAUUUAGUCAUUUGCUUGUCCAUCAGAGCCUCUUCUCAGCUGAUUAUUUGGUUAAAUGGAGGUUAGAUAAUCCUGUGCUACCGAAAUAUAUCCCACUUCCAAGUGCUCAUUACUGAAGCCAGGAUUUGUGAAGUUACAUAAAGCUGAUGUUUUUGCUGUUGCUCACUUAAUAAUGAAAGGCAUUACCCAUGUAGAUGGCUUUUAGAGAGGCAGAUCUGAAUAUCUAGGGCCAUCAGAAAGUUAGACCUUCCUCAAUUAUAUUUUAUUUUCAGAGAUUACAGACCCUGAUGCAUACAAAUUUGACAUAUUGACACAAAACAUGCUAAUAGGGACCCAAGCCAUACUUCUCUUCUACCCAAGAACCAUGUAAAUCCAGAGAUUAGGGCAGGCUUUCCUCUGCAUUUCAUGGAUUACCAUUAUAUUUCACAGCAUGUACAUUACAUUCAUUUAUA